CUUUUUGUCCUUAAGUUCGCGGGCUGUGUGUCAGUAGCUGGCGCUUCCUCCCUGGUGAAGUAGUGAGUGCGGCUGACCGUUAUACCGUAGGUCUCUUUCGUCUACUACUCUAGACUACCGCCUCUAUACGGUUUUUGGAAGGCUCCGGUCGACUCCACUCUCUGCUGUGUACAAUUUGUGAGGUGAAAACCAGGCCCUGAGUUUGCAGUAAUGGCGUCCUCUAUGUCCAGAUUGCGCGCUGUGGAAGCCCGUGCUCGCUUAAAUGACGCUAUUUUAGAUUAUAAAAAUGCUUCAAGAGAACUAGACUUCUUCGGUGGCCCAUCCUACGCAAGGGAAAGCAAAUUUUCCAGGUUUGAACCUUAUGAGUCUUAUGACUUGAGGUCUUCUCUGGUUGGGCAAGAUCUGUACAGAUCUGGCUAUGGUAAUAGUGAUCUCAAACGCAACAGCUUCGGAGAUAGUUUUGGUGAUCGCUAUGAAAACUACCGGAAUAGCCUUGCAGCUGUAGGCUCUCUGGGGAGAGGAAUGCCUGGUUUUUCUGGCAGUGCAUUUGGCAGCAGCUUUGCUGCUUUUGGAGGACCAUCACGAGGCAGAGGUCGUGGCAGAGGACAAAGGGGAGGAUAUGCUAUGAAAUCUGGAGUGGCAAGAGGUGCAAAGAGGAAGAAUGUGCAGCCUUCCAAGCCUGCUGGAAAUCCUGUAAAGAAACAAAAGGUGGUAAAAUCUGGACCGACGCAAACAACCAAAAAAAAUUCUCCACAAGUGAAAGAUGAUGCCGAGGAAGAACGCCGCAAUGAAGCACGGAAAGAGCAGCACAGACGGAGGAGGGAGAAGUUAAUUGAGAAAUAUGGAGAUGGAUACUGGUUGGCAUUCACAUGUUCGUUUUGCAAAUUUCGAUCUUUUGAUGAGAAAGGCAUUGAAGAACAUUUAAAUAGUGAUUACCACAAGGAAAUGCUAAAUCAUAUUCAGAAGCAAACCAAGUUUGACCAGACUGCUGUUGACUUUCUUCAUGAAAAUAUUGUACAUAAGUACAAGAAAAUAGCAGCUAUCAAAGCUGCUUCUCAGAGUGGCUCUGCAAACCAAGUGGAAAAAGAUGCGUUAGAAGGUAUUACGAAUGAGGAUCACAUGCUCAGAGUUGAGAUGGCGCAUUGCAAAGCCUGCAAUAUUUAUGUUCCUGGUUUACGUAUUUCUGUACAGUUGCAUCUGAAAUCUUCUCAACAUUUAAAGAACAAAGCGACAUACAGGGAACAAAUAAAGCAAUCAAGCAUUUCGACGGCUACUAGUAUCUUGAGAAAUCCAGUUGUGAAGGCACGAUAUGAAAUGUUCUUGAAGGGUGAAAAUCCCUUUGAGGGUCAGGAAAAUGAUGUGACUGCUGAUAUGGACACUGGCGCAGAGGGGGAUGUGCAUGAUGUGCGUGUAGACACUGAAGAUGUAGAUGCAGAAGCAGCAGCUGAACCAUUGGAGUCAUAAAUAUUUCCUAUGGUCAUCAGUGACCAUCUAAUAUGAUUAAAAUGUUAUCAAAACAAUGUUAAUCCCAUUUUUAAGUUUAUAGUACCCCCCCGCAGUUUAUAAUGCAUAUAUUCAAUUUAACGUCUUUCUGCUGUACAUAAAAUAUCAUAAUUUUUUUUAAUUUGGUAUUUGAAUUUUUUUUUGUUCCGUUGCUCCAGUGAAGUUUUCUAGAAUACACCUGAAAAUACAGAACCCUCUGCCUGAAUUGAAGCUUCUGUGUUUGUACAUUUUAAUUUCUAUCAUACUCUGACAAAAGCUGUGAUAUGUUUUUGUUUCCACUUGUCGUUUAGACAAUGCUGGUCUGAUUAAAAAUAAAGAUCUUUUUGUGAAUGUAAA